AUGAUCUCUACCGUGCAACCGGCGGACGCGAACUCCGCCAGGCGGAUCGUCACAAGGUGCUGGGCGAGCUAUCUCAGGUCAGGCGGUGGCUGUCACGAGGCCGACCGCUUGUUGAUCCGACCGGCGUAUCGGAUGCAACGAUGUCACCAGCAAGACGGUGUGGUACGCACCACUCCGGCUUGUUGUUCGAAGUUUCAGGAAAAGGAACUGAGCGCCGACGUAGGACAUCAACAACCCAUGACAGCUCUCCAGGAGGCUUUCUCCAUUCUCCUAUUCUUCUUGUUCCCCGGGUGCAUGGUUUGGGUUCCCUUCGCUCUCGCGGGGGCGGCGUGGGCGGCGUACCGGUACCUGCCGGCCGGGGGGGCGCCGCAGGUCCUGCUGGGCUUGGGGGCGGUGGCGCUCUUCUUCUGGCCGCUUAGCCACUGGCCGGCGUUCACGAGGACGUGGAUAACGCCUCACAUCUUCCGGUAUACGUCGUGCUGUUUCGCCUGGGAAGCUCCGCUGGAGGCUUCUGCGGGGCCGUACUUUUUGUGUGCGCCGCCUCAUGGCAUUUUACCGGUCGGCAACUUGGUGACCAUGCUCUCCUUCCCGAUGGUAUGGGGGUUCAGCUUCAAGGGACUCACCACGGACGCCGCCUUGAGGCUUCCUCUGAUGCGCCACGUCAUGGCCUGGAUCGGGUGCCAGAGCGCCGGGAGGGAGGAGGUGGCUCGCAGCGUGGGCGAGGGCUGGAGCGUCGGGCUUUGCCCGGGGGGGGUGGCGGAGAUAUUUGACAGCAACAACGACAACGAAGUGCUCUUCCUCAAAGCCAGGAAAGGGUUCGUCAAGCUGAGCCUGCGCAUGGGGACGACACUGGUGCCCUGCUACACCUUCGGCAACACCCGCAUCUUUCGAUCGUGGCAGGACCCUUACGGCAUACUCAGGGCUUUGUCGCGGAAGCUGGGGUUCGGAUUGCUGCUGGUGUGGGGGCGAAUGCUUCUCCCGAUAAUAUUGCGACAGCCCCUGCUAGUCGUGACUGGGCGGCCGAUCGUCGUUCCAAAGCCUGCGGGGGAGCCGACCCAGGCAGACAUCGACAAGUACCACGACCUCUUCGUCGCGGAGUUGCGCCGCAUCUUCGACAAGUACAAGGGGCCGUACGGGUGGGGCGAAAAGGAGCUCAUCAUUCGAUGAAGGCACCCAUGCAACAGGCGAUGAGACAGGCCUGUCUGCAGAACGACAAGUCGCGCCGCAUCUUGGAACCUUCGGCAUGAACAACGUGGACCGGCGGUGACGACGCUGGGCAAGCACUGAUGGCUAGAUUUGGGCGAUUAAGGACCGACGGGUUGCUGUAUGUCACGCAGAAUAUGAUUGAUUGCUUUCUAUCGGUGUUUUCGUGAGCGAGCGGUGCAAGUUUGUCGUUUUGUGUGUUGUUGGGCAAUAAUUGUACAAAAGUAACUGGCUUGAGAGGCAGAAAACUCUUGCCAUCCUCAAAUGUUGAGUCCAAGUCAAGUCCUUAGUCACAGAGGGCUCUUGAUUUCGAACACAAGCCAAGAGGUUUUUGUGUGAAGAAAGUGAAUUUCGUUUUCUUGAAUAUUGUGGAGCUCAGUUUUCCCUUGAAAAGGUACGCCAAUUUUCGUCGGAGAAUAAUGCCAUUUUUCGUCGGAGAAUCACGAACGAACAAAGUGUAUCACCUCAUGAGGGCGCAUGACGGUAUGUUCCCAUCCUAAUAAUAAGGCAUUUGUGAUUAUGAUAUUGACGUAUCUCCUCAAACGAGAAAAAGAGUGAGUGAGUGAGUGAGUGGUACGGGCAUCAGGGAUGAAAAGUCGAGCUCGGCCAGGCCAAGCUUCCAAGGAAGAGGGCGGGAAGCCCACUUUUGUGCCCGAAAGUGCGAACGAGUCAAAACUAUUAUCCUGUGUGUAGAAUAGUCUAGACUGUCGUUGUGUUACCUUCUUAUCUUCAUGUUGUUGCUGUGUGAUCCCGGCUCAUGAGUCAAGAACACCUGAAGGUGUACAGUACUCAUUCUACACUGGAGUAGAUGGGACGGGAACACACCCGCGCGCGUAAAAGGUUUCCUCCGCUAGAAUAGCCGGUGUGUGCAUGUGUGCGUAGCGUGCAGUCUACCUUUUCCUUGUGUUUCGGGAUGUAGGGAACAACUGUAGGUGGCGGUAUUAUAUAUGAAUAUUGCGUUAGUUAUCGGAAGGAGGGGGCGGAUGGAGGAAACAAGAGUGGGUUGGUUGUCCCCUCCCUCCCCCACACAGGGUGCAGAGACGAGAAAUGGCCGGAAAAAUGGGUGCUCCUUGACGCCGGAGAUGCAUCAAAUAAUCGACGCCUCGGACACGUAGUACGUGCGUCUGAGAGGGGAUGGAUGCCAUUCUGAGACUGGUCGUGUCCUCUUGGGGCGCUCAUAAGGACGAAGAAGGAGGCCACACAGAUGGCACUAUGAUUAUUGUGGGGAGGAAAAAAGUGCAUGACACGAGGCGCUUGUGUGCUCCCUUGUCGCGUCUACUAUACCUAGUGUAGUAGAAGCGUACAUACGUGUAGCUGACGCGAGGGUAUAAACCCCCGGCCCCCUCCCCUUUGCGCAUCCCGUGUUCAUCUUUUUGUGGGACCCGGCGAUGUGUGUAUGUAUGUCCUGGUUGUGUGAGGGGAUUGUAUGCCACCACUCGUCAUUCAUCCGGGAGCAAGUAAAUGCCGGGUACAUUGGCAAGCACAUCAGAACGAAGGAAAACACAUUGA